CUUAUGUUCUUUCUAUGCAAGUGUAUGACACAGAAACGUGUGAUCGUCUGCUAACGAGUGUUGUUGACCAGUAAACAUAGUACCUCUUUGUAUCUAUAUCCUGCCGCGCUAAUUAGAUGUGAACUGUGUUUUUUUUUCUCUCUCCCCCGUUUCUUCAUGCGUACGAAGGGAGUGCAUAAGUCACACUGUAAGGACUAAUUAGUUUGACACACGCUAAAAAAAGGGGAAAGACAGGACUCUGUGGAGUAGAGACUUUGUGAUGGAAAAAUAAGAGUAGAGCGAAUAAGAGUAAAUGUCAUUGUUUGGUUAUUAUUAUUAUUAUUAUUUCAAUGAAUUCCAGCGUUUUAAUCCGACAGAUGGCUGUCUCUUCAGAAGACAGUAAAGGAGAGAAGGGGUCUGAAUGGUCCUCAUGGAACAACUACAAUAUCGGCCAGAUACUACUUCCGAUUCUAUGUGCAGCUUUCAUCGCCACAGUCAUCAUUGUCAUCGCUUGUUGUCUUAUUAAAAAGAAAUCAAAACCCCUGCGUGGAUGGCGUGAAAGAAGUUGUCACACGAUAGAGACGUCACAUGACAUGAACGAGAAUGGAAUUUAUGACGUGAUAGACAAGGUCAAAGUCUCCACCAAAAACAAAACCAGUGAUAAAAUCCGCCAUCAUGAUAAGCUGAACUCCAACUGUAUCCUAGUAGCCCAAAACGAGAUCAACGGAAAUAAGAACGGUGGCAUAUUUUCCACAGGACUCCCCGCGGUCCCUCCUAUCUCCGGCCCGCAGCUUGAUUCACUCCUUGUUCCUCCACUGCCACCCUGCACUAAACACGACUGGAGCAAAUUCGAACGUACAUUCGAGGUGAAGCACAACGAGAUCCCAUCAGGGCACGAGAACAGGACGAGUGUCUCUAAGACUGAGGAAGAAGGCGUUUAUGAGACGCUAGAUAGAUACUGGACCCAGUCGAAUACGUUCAAGAAAGAGCUCAGCUCCCAGCUGACAGAGUCUUCACAAGAUGGCAGCUUAAGAAAUACAAAAUCUGGUGACAAAAAUAGUGAAAGAAGCUUAAACAUGUCCCAGAAUACACCAGCUGAACCCAGUGUCCUGCCUAAUUUUGAAAAAGCAACAAAUGAUAAGAUUAUCUGUCAGCUGACGCUUUUUCACAUUUCAGAAUCCGACGAAUCAUCGCGUCAAGCCGAAAGUGUCUAUUAUUAUGUGAAUUUGCAGAGUUUGGCCAACGACCAAGAGGGAAAUCUACCUUCCGUGCUGCAAAAUGCGCGACUGCAAGUCGUUCCCGGAAAAGCAGUCGAUCUGAAGAAAGAUUUGGGAUCGAACAUUACUCUUGAGCCUGUUGAAGGCGCUCUGAUGCCAAAGAUUAACGAAAGCAGCCUAAAUUACUCGCUGCAUGAAACACCACACAAGAGAAAGCUGUCUUGCUCUCGCAGCUGCGGUAAAGAUUACGAAGCCCCACAGAAAUUGACUUCUAAAAGAACCCCUAUUCUUUUGGCCAAGAAGUCGGAGAGCUUUAGAGAUGCCAACUCAGAGCUUCAGGCGGUCAAAGAUAACUAUUUAAACCACCGAAGGCAGAGCGACUCUAGCAAUGGUAGAACGCCACGGACUUCUACGUCUUCCUGUUCUGAAAAUGCUACAGAUAAGAUCUUGAAGAAGCUCGGGCCUCUGCCGCCUGUUCCUAGCUCACGUACGUCUCUAUCCAGAACCGAGUCAGAUAUCACGGGGAAUGCAAGUCAUGUGGCUCGAGUGGCUAAUGCCAACACUCACCAAAGACAGACUAACGAUGCCAGUAACAAGAACACUUGUCGGCCACUUCCGCUCAGCCCAGAUCAGGAAGGGGCGCACAGUUCCAACAAAAACAAACGCCUGGAAAGAUCUUUAUCAGAAAUGGCACCUAAAAGGACAGAACCAGAGAAAUAUACUGUUUCAAAUGCGCCAACUCUGAGCAGCUUCCAAAAAGAUGCUUCUAAAAAUAACUCUCGAAACGACUCCGCGCAAAAUGACGCUGCCAUUACAGACGAGCCUAUUUAUUCUCAUUAUUUUGUUUUGGAGUCUAGUGACUAUAGUAGUGGGACUGAAGACAAUCUUGAUGAAAAGUACUUAGAGUAGAGCUCGCUUCAGAGAGGCCUUACAAACGAUACGUGGAGGUCUUUGUCUAUUGAGACGAAGACUGACUUAGAUGUUCUGCUUUUAUUGUUUGGCCAGAAAUAAUAGAUUUUGUUCUUGUUUAUUUUGAUCUAAAUGACGAUUUUGUUGACUACAAAACAUAAUACAAAUGUUAUUGUUAUAGUACACAAUACAUUCCGUGUAUAUACAUUUGUACAUGUAUUUUUAUGAUAAUCAAAUGUGAAAUAAAUUGAUAAUGUACAGA